AUGAAGACCAAUAAAUUAUCUGCCACCGUUUACUCUCAUCUUAAUUGUGGGCAAAUUGAUAAAACUCCUUGGCAAGGCUGGGGAAAUAUUUGGAAGCUUAAUGUGAUCCCAAGGGUGAAAACCUUCCUUUGGCUUUUAAUUCAGAGGAAAUUGAAAACUUAUGACUUCCUCUAUACUCUUAACCUGGGCCAUCCAGAGAAUUGUGUUUUUUGCGGCCUUUUCAGAGAAACAGACGAUCACUUGUUUAGAUUGUGCCACAAGGUUGAGAAUCAGAUUAAUAUGCACAUUCCUCUGGAUUCUCAUCUUGCUGAAGGGCUUUGGCUCAACUUUGAUCGUCCAGAUACUGGCAAAUUUAUAGCCUUAAUCAUUGGCACUAUGACUUGGUACAUUUGGAAAGUUAGGUGUGAUUACAUAUUCAGUGGCAAAAUUCCUGACUAUAAUAUGACUGCUAAUUUGUCUGUGAAUCAGGUUAAAGAGUUUAAAGUCACUCCAGACAUUCAUAAACAACAGUUUUUCUUCAUUUGGAACAAACCUAACUUGGAUGUUGUGGGUUUCUUUUUGGCAGCUUGCUGGGACACGGAAAUAGGUAAAGGAGUAGUUGGUUUCUGCAUCAUUGAUACUAAUGCCAGCAUUUUAUGUGCAGGCUUUUCCCCUAUCAUGGAGGACACCAACAUUGUGGCUGAAGGAUUAGAGGAGGUUAACAAUUGGAGGGUUGCUAACCUCUUGGAUAAUAUCAAACUUCAGAUGAGACGGUUUAAUGAGCCUGUAAUUCACCUCAUUCUUGCCUAUUGGAACAAGAUCGCGGCAACCCUGGCCAGCAAAGGAUUGAAUUCUAAUCAACUGUCUGCCUAUCUAGCUGAAAGAUUGAUAGCAGAAAUCCUUCCCCUCCCAUGA